AUGGGCGGGUUUGUCCUCGAGUCACCAGAACUGCACGACUUUCCUCUGAACUCUGAGUCCCUUAGAAUUCUUGUGACGGAUGGGUCGCUGGAAAUCCCCGACAUGGAGGAGACAGUUAUCAAAGACAGGAGCAAAGUGGAUGCAUUUGCCCGUGCCUUUGCUGUGCUACAGGGGUUCUGGACGAUUGUCCAGUGCCUCGCGCGAUACGAAGAGGGUCUCCCUGUGACGGCGCUGGAAGUUAACGCGGUCCUGUUUACUGUCAUCAGUCUCUGGACCUAUGGAUUUCAGUGGUGCAAGCCCAAGGACGUUUGCGUGCCGAUAAAAUUGGUUUACCCGAAGAAGCUGGACGUGAGGACAAUUGAAUAG